ACCACGUGCGGCAGCAACUGGGGCGGGAAAGUGGACGCUGGGGGCGCUGCCGAGUCAGAAUCCGCCUUGUCGGCUGCACCCGUGGGGGAGGAAGUGGAUUUCAGGCUUCCCGUAGACUGGAAAAAUCUGCUCAAAACCGCUUGUCCCGCAGGUGCUGGGCCGGGGGCAGCGCGGCCGCCCGACACAGGCUUCCGGCGAGACAUCGCAGGCCAGGGAGUGGCAGGCCCCGGGCAAGGCCGAGCCGGGAGCGCGAGCCCGCGACCGCAGUUCCCUGGCGUCUGCGGGCGCGAGCACGCCGCGACCCUGCCGUGCGCCGGGGCGGAGGGCGGGGCCUCGCCUGCACAAAUGGGACUGAGGGGGCGUGGCGGCUGCAGUUUCGCGCCAAUCUUGGUCUGGCUUCCAAAAGGCGCGAGUGAGCUCGGUGGGGUUUACUGGUGCCGUCAUGGUUCGUACGCUAAACUGCAUCGUCGCUGUGUCCCAGAACAUGGGCAUUGGCAAGAACGGGGACCUGCCCUGGCCCCCACUCAGGAAUGAAUUCAAGUAUUUCCAAAAAAUGACCACAACCUCUUCAGUUGAAGGUAAACAGAAUCUGGUGAUUAUGGGUAGGAAAACCUGGUUCUCCAUUCCUGAGAAGAAUCGACCUUUAAAGGACAGAAUUAAUGUAGUUCUUAGUAGAGAACUCAAGGAACCUCCACAAGGAGCUCAUUUUGUUGCUAAAAGUCUGGAUGAUGCCUUAAAACUUACUGAGCAACCACAGUUAGCAAAUAAAGUAGACAUGGUUUGGAUAGUGGGAGGCAGUUCUGUUUAUAAGGAAGCCAUGAAUCAACCAGGCCAUCUUAAACUGUUUGUGACAAGAAUCAUGCAGGACUUUGAAAGCGACACAUUUUUUCCAGAAAUUGAUUUGAAGAAAUAUAAACUUCUCUCAGAAUACCCAGGUGUUCUUUCUGAUGUCCAGGAAGAGAAAGGCAUUAAGUACAAAUUUGAAGUAUAUGAAAAGAAUGAUUAAUAUCUUCAGUGUUUUCUGAUUUAUUUCAAGUUGUUCCCCCUCCUUCUAAAAAAAUUAUACAUUUUUACAUUAGAAGAAAAGACUUACUGACUUUAGACCUAGGGAUAAUUAUUUCUAAGCAUGUUUUUAUUCCCCAUUAGUCUUAAUUACACUAUAUCAAAUACCAUUUGUGAAACAUUUCUCACUAUAACUACUUCAGUGCCUCUCCCCUGCAGCCAGGACUGAGUCCCCACCACCUGCUACACUGAGGUGCCAUUCCACACCCAUCACAUGUGGCAUUCUUGCCAGUCCUUGCCAUUGUCAGACUUGUAAAAUAUUAGCAGUAUUAAUUAAAGAUGAAGAUGCACUAA